AUGGUGGACGAGAUGGUGACAAAUGAUAGCACCAUGACCAUGUUUGGGGAUGAUAAACCUUGCUUCUUCAAGAUUAUCUUUGAUGGCCAUGCUGAAGCACUGAGAAUCCCACCUUGCUUUAUGAAGCAUUUAUCGAAAGAAGAAUUGGACAUAGCAGUUCUAAAGGGCCCUUCUGGCAGCCAUUGGAGAAUCAAACUGAGGAAGAAAGUAGAUGGUCUGUUUCUGCAGGACGGUUGGCCUGAGUUUCUAAGAGACCAUUCUUUGGGUAACCAUGAGCUCAUACUUCUUACAUAUGAGGGAAAUAUGCACUUCAGCAUCCAGAUUUUUGAUGGAAGUGGAUUGGAGAGAAUUGAUGAAUCAAUUACUUGCAAGCACCAAGAAACAACUGCCUCCUCCAGCAAUCAACAGAAACGUGGCAGACCAAGCAAAAAUGCUGCUGGUCCUUUGAAUCUCCACCCGCAAAAACCUUGCAAUUUUAGUUCAGCAAAUGAAGGAAGAGAUGCAAUUUGGGAAAGAGUUGCGUCUUUCACCUCCAGUCUCCCUUAUUUUAAGUGCUGCCUGAAAGAGUCAAAUGUGCAAAAGAGAUUUUUCCUGCGCAUACCCAAGUUUUUCUCUCAGAUGCACCUACCAGCUGAUCAUCUCAAAACAAAGUUUGUACUGCGAAAUGAACAAGGGAUUGUUUGGAUGGUGAACGUUAUCCCUGUUGGAGGAAGCUAUUCCGUUAGUGGAGGAUGGCGUGCCUUUGUAGUGGAUAACAAGCUAAAGCAAGAUGAUACAUGCAUAUUUGAGCUUGUGGAUAAGCACGAUAUGCGAGUCCAUAUUUUCAGAGCAGUUGAUGAAUUUGAGUGCACAGGUGCUGGUACAAUUGUAUGA